AGUUCCCGGAACUCACUAGAAGCUGACUAUAGUCAUUAUUUAUGUCUGUGUCGGGAUUACGCUGACAUAAUACCGAAUUUAUACACAAAAAAAAUUGCUAGGAACAAAGUUAAUUGAUCAAUUAUUGGUUUGGUCGUCUCAAUAACGGUAAUAAUUGGCAUUAACAUUAGAAGUCAUUAUAGGGUACUGAACAAUAUAAGUAUGUACAAGGAUUAGCCUCCUCAGUUUCAUAGUUUUUUAUAUGCCGCUCAUGAUGAUAUAGCUCAUAAUUACCUUAAUAAUAACGAGAUAAAAUGGCACUCGUCCAAUAUCUAGAAUUUAGAAGCUAAUAUAAUAUAACGAUGAAUAUUCGUAUAUCUACACAAACAUUCAAAGGUAAUAAUGAUGUUCUUAGUGAUAUGGUGGUUAUGUGGCGAGUAAUCAUUAUGGCUGCUCUGUGACAGUUAGGCCGAGAGAUAAACAUACAAAGUGACACUUUCCGUGUACGCAUCAAAUGAAAACCUCCUAACACCCCUAAAAUACUAUUUGAGAGCGCUAACAGAAAGAGAGAGCGCAUAGGGGUGUAUGAGUUUACACUUUGAAAUGGAUUACACUUUGAUGAUGUGAGAGCUCACCCCAUUGAAAUAUAUGUAUAUACAUACAUGUACUAUAUCUUUUAUAUAUGAUAUGAUUGUGUCUCUCUCCUCGCGAAAUGUUCUUGUUUUUUAUUAUUGUUGCAAGCAAUGUAACUGUAGUCGCCGAAGUACGGGUGCGCGAGUGUGCAUUACGACAUAGAGAAAUUCCGAGAAACGCGUUUAAGUGAGCGCUUUGCCGACGGUGUAUUGUAACGGUAAAGCUAAGAAUAUUCAGUGUGUAAUCCUUCGCGUGAUCUUACUGGCGUGUGUGUGGGCGAUUUUGUAGAGUUUGUGCGCGUGUUGUUGCUGCCGCUAGGCAUCCAGCUAUAGACCACUAACGCCGCCAUUGCUGUUUUUGGUUGCUCGUAUUGCCAUCGUCGCUGUCUACAGUCAGCUGUCAGCUCAUCAAUAAUUUCUAAGCGUCAAGUCAGCAAGGCAGUUCAUACAAAUCGACAAACAGAUAUAUAUUCAAUAUAUAUAUAUAAUCAAGAUGUAUGUUGGGGCGCUAACAUAACUGUGCUUCUCUGUAUUGGUGUGCUUUUAUCAACAGCGUACUGUUUGGAGCCUCUUCAAGGCUUUUUCUAAGCCACUUCGUCGUCCUUUGAUAUUUUUCAUUCAUUCGCUUAUGUUGGUGUAUCUAAGUGUUGGGAAUGGUGUUAGCUAUCAACACCCUGUCGGCGCUCAUCUGACUUUACUGGCUGACUCCCUCCCCCCUCACCCACACGUACACAUGUAUGGCGAGCUAAUACAUUUAAUGUACGCUAAUGUGUGCCGUUAUGCAAAUAUGUGUUGGUGUUGUUUGUGGUAACUUGGUCACAGUUUUGCAUUAAUUUACUUUCCGUCAUAAAUCAAACAUUUGCAUUUUAAAACUGACGUCGCCAUUGACUGUCGUUGUGUUCGGUUAACGCGCGCUUUUCGACGGAUUUCGUUGAAUAAUUAUGCAAGUUAUGCAAAAUCGGUGGAUAAGUGGAAAACUAAAAAAUAUUUAAAACUAAAUAAACAAAAAAAAAAUCAAUGACGGUAAUGGAUUAAUUUAAAAAUGAAAAACUAAACACAAAAGCACAAAAAAUAUUUGCUAAUAAUUGCAAUACAUAAAACAUUGUGCGAAGUGAAAUUAAUUUGUUGUUGUUUUGUGUGAAAAAAUAUUGAAAAAUAAUACUACCAGCAUACAAAUAAUAAACACGAACUACUGUUAGCUGUUUCCGCACAAUACUGGAUCUACGUCUUGCUGCCUUCACCUAAGCAUCUAGGAUAACAACUACACUCUAAUCAGAGUCCGCGUGGCAUGCAACCGUGUAGUCCAUCGGGCGUUAUUGCAGUGAUGCCGCCAUCGAAGAGUCCCACCAUGGAAACGGCCGCCGGACAGCAAGCAAAUGCACACCUCAGCAGCGAUAGCAGCGUCGAUAAGCAGCUGGGCGCGGAACAACAGCGCGCCGCCACGCCUGUCAGCAGCAAUAACAACACAAAUACAACAACUACAACCAGCACAAAUCUGCCGAAUGCACGCGCUUGUCCGCUCAAAUUUUCCAUAGCGAAAAUUAUGGAGCCCGAUCAACGCGCCAGCAGUGAAAGUAUUAACGCGGCAGAAGACUCCGAACGCUCAUGCAGUCCCAUUGAGGUCGCGAGCGAUGAGUGUGAGUCGGAGCGCGCAGAGUUGCAAUUACCAAUCGCUGGCAGCCAACAACAAUGCAUUAACGCUGAAAACUAUGAUUCCGCUUUCAAGAAGUAUGUGCCCUCCUCAUCUACCAACGCUGUCGCUGCCGCUGCAGCCGUAGCCGCCAGCACGGUCAACAAUGUUGCCGCCGUGCAACAAUUCGUUAAUACGCGCCAUCAGGAAUUGAUGUCUCAGUAUCCACUGCUAUAUUAUGCGCCCAAUCAAUUGAUGUGCGCCGCCGCUGCCGCACAAUAUGCCGCGCUCACCGCUGCGCAACAGCAGACUUUGCUCGCCAAUCCAGGUGCCGCCGCGCAUUUGAGCAGCUUCACCGCGUCGUUGAACAAUUUCCAUACGCAGUCAUUGAGACGUAAUCUCAGCGCGUCGGGACAUCAUUUAGCCGCCGCUGCUGCAGCAGCAGCUGCCGCGCAAGCGCAAGCACAUCAUGUACACCAUCAAGCGCUCGCAAGCGCACACCCACAAUUGCAGCAGUCGUUGGAAAAACAGCAGCAGCAACAACAACAGCAUAAAAUGCGUGAGAGCGCUGCUGGUGGAUAUCACGGUAUGAAGCGCAAGCAUAACGCCAGCGCUGCUGCUGCCACCGCCGCCGCCGCGCCGUCUGCUUCGUCAGUGCAUGAGCACAACUCAUCGCGCGCUUCUUCACCCGCUUCACGUCAUCUGCGCUCGCCAUCUCCAAACUCGUUGGACGAUAGUCCCGGCUCUGCGUCGGGCAAGCAAAAGACUUUCUCCUGCUUGGAAUGCGGCAAGGUCUUCAAUGCGCACUACAAUCUGACGCGUCACAUGCCGGUGCACACGGGCGCGCGCCCAUUCGUUUGUAAGGUGUGCGGUAAAGGUUUUCGUCAGGCCUCAACGCUUUGUCGCCAUAAAAUCAUACACACCUCCGAGAAGCCGCACAAGUGCCAGACUUGUGGCAAGGCUUUCAAUCGCUCCUCCACGCUGAACACGCAUACACGCAUACAUGCUGGUUACAAGCCAUUCGUUUGUGAAUAUUGCGGCAAAGGUUUCCACCAGAAAGGCAAUUACAAGAAUCACAAGCUCACACAUAGCGGCGAGAAGGCGUACAAAUGUAAUAUCUGCAAUAAGGCCUUCCACCAAAUCUACAACCUCACCUUUCACAUGCACACGCACAACGACAAAAAGCCGUACACUUGCAAGGUGUGCGCCAAGGGUUUCUGUCGCAACUUCGAUCUGAAGAAGCAUAUGCGCAAGCUGCAUGAGUUGGGCGGCAGCGAUCUGCUCGACGAUGACUCGCCACCAAGCUAUGAACGGCGACGCGAGUACACGCGUCGUGAGUAUACGCGCCGCGAAGCGCAUCAUGGCUAUCACGCGCACUUACAGCACGGCAGCCAGUUGACGCCCGACUCUUCCGCGGGCAGCUUAUCGCCACCGAUCAAUGUCACCACACCACCGCUCUCUAGUGGUGGCGGCGGUGAUGGCAGCAACUCCGCUUGGCAUACGCCACAGUAUCAAACGCUGAGCAACGCGCAACAGUCCGCAGCCAGCGCCGCCAGCACCUACGCACCACAUCACCUUUUGCCUCAAGUCGGCGGCAGCAACAGCAGUUUUCGUGCGUCCGCCGAGUAUUCCAGCAGCUCCGCAUUCAUACAACUAGCAAGCGCUGCUUCGACGAGCGCCUCAACCAACGCCGCACAAAUGCUAUCCGCUCACCAACAUCAACAGCAGCAGCAGGCGCAUCAGCACAGUCAACAUCAUCACCAGCACCAGCACAACCAAGCUCAAAUGCAUCAUCAUCAUCAGCGUCUCUCAGCGGCUGCCGGUGUCGUCUCCGCCAUGGAUCAGGUGCCGUUCAUAGCGAAAGUGUUUUGACAGCGCUACUAUGCGGACAGUUUGGCCACAACAACAACGGCACAACAUGCCGCCAGCACACUGACCGCAUCCUCGAAGAGCAUACUCAUCGACUGACUGCAGUUUGUAGCAGCCGCUGCGGCAGCGACGGCAACAGCGACAGCGACGGCGUCCGCAACAGCGGCAGGCAGCUCGAAUUUUAUCUCUGCAGCGACUUCAACGCCCACUGAGUUGGAUGAUGAGCUGCUAGUGGACGCUUUGGAUGAAGAUGAGCCGCCGGCGCAGCUACUCUCCCACUCAGCUGUGGAACAGCUAACGGAGCAAUUCGCAGCGCAUCGCACGACAUUGGGUAGCGCUGUCGAAGCGCUAAAUGGUCUACUCUAAAGCGUUGGCGCGUGCCUCUGAACUGCUGGUUUCAACAAAACGGUUUCAUGGCUGCGGAAAGCAGCCAAGCCCCCCAUAUACCAAAAUCUCUGAUCUCCGAUUUGGCAAAAGUGUGCAAUAAGCGUUAAAAAUUGGUGAAACGUUGAAAAAUAUUAAAUAUUCGAGAUACUUUCUCGGUAUUGACGGAAUAUUUCCACUUAUAUUGCUCCGCCAGCACCUUACCGGAACAAGUCUCCAGUGAUAUAUAGAGCAAAGUUUUGUGCUGCAUUCUCAAUAAAUUUAAGCAGAAAAUCUAAUUUCGGUGUAUUCACUUUGUAAAUAAAAGCAUCUAUAUGUGAUACACCCAUUUUGUAUAUAAAAAAUUCUUGUAAAUAAUAAUGUUCCGUCAUAAAAAUUCUUUAAUAAAAUUAAUAUAAAUAUACAGUUAGUUGUUUCUAUGUUUAUAUGUAUUGCAUAUAUAUGUACAAAUGUUUGUAUGUGUUUAGUUUUAAGUAUUUCAAUGUGAAAAUCCACCUCUCACACACAUAUAUACACACACAACAACCUCUUGCGCCCACAAACAGUUCAAUUUUAGGUGUAGUAGUAUUAGUGAAAUUGUAAUUUAUGUUCUAGUUAUAAAUAAUUGAGAUAUAUCUAAUAAGAUCUAAAAAUCUGUAUGCUAAAGUAUAAAUAUUAUAUAGCGUUAAAAGCAUACACGAUUUGAUUUUUAGUCAAUAUACAUAUCGAAAUAUGUAUAUCUAAGCGAACUAGUAUGGUGAAUUGAAUGUGUUUGAAUUGAAAAAUAUGAAAUAUGAAAAUAAA